AUGGCGAUCCAGUCGUCGCCUUUGUGCACACUCCCUCUCGAGCUCUUAGUGGAGGUCGCCCUGCAGGUUGCACUCCUUCGCACGCCUGCAGGCCCGCCUUCAGAUAUCGUCUCCUUGCUCCUGUCGUGCAAGGAAAUCCACGACUCGCUCUCGUUCGCGCACUGUGCGACGCUUUAUGCACGCAUCUACCAAAGCAACUUCGACAUCCGUGCUCCCCGUCGCCGCAUGGACAGCGACGACCUACAUGCCCAGAACUACGCCGCACAGCUUAGGAAGUGCUGCAUCGCUCUCAAGCGUUUACGUCGUGGUGACCUCGAAUCCGAGUUUCUUCAAGAUGAUCUCUGGACCGCUUGGUUGAUGGCUUUGGAGAACGACGGCAAGAAUGGCGAACAGUUAGACUGGGCAGGCCUAGACGAUGUCUUACGUCGGUUCAUCCUGGAAAAGCUGUGGGAGGUCCACGAACCCGAUGACUGGCCCCAGGAGAGUGCUGUAAAUGCCCUUGCCAUAUGGCUGUUCUGGUAUAGACUGAGCUCAGAUAAACUCUAUGCUCUAUCAAACGAACAACGUUCCGCUAUUCUUGAACUCGUUCGUCCAUAUGCGCUCAUAGCUCCCCGGUAUCCCUCCUUUCAUGCACCAGAUUGUCAUUUCGUGUUGCCUAUGCGGCCGGACAGGGCACUGCUCACCGAACGGCAGAAAGUGCCCACGCCGCACGGCUUCUGGCCGUUGUACCGCAUCCCCGAAGAUCACUCAGUCAAGCAUUACGGCAAUCAGCUAUACAUUACCGAACCACUUCUCGCUCUGGGGGCUCAGCUGCUCUUCUUCACGCUGUACUGGCAACCGUUAAUCAUCCCACCGAAUAUGCCAGCGAACCGUGCCGAUGCGGAGUCUCGUGGACGCACGGGCGUUGGCGAGACGCGAGCUGAUCUCGAGGAGUACAAUGCGUCGUCUCCUGUGAAGUUGUUGGAGAAGGGCGACUGGGAUUGGGAUCGUGACCUCAGCGUCGAAGAACGCGAACGAGAGGAUGCGCCGCGGUGGCGAAGGGGCAUGCGUAGCCCUAGCGCGAGGUGGGAGUGCGAUUACAAUCGCCUGAUAGGUUGCGUGGACCCGUACCGCCCCAGGCCGAUGUUCGUCGCCACCUACGAAUUCGGGACCCUCACCGGCCUCUGGAAGGGUUUGCACCUCAGCCCUCAUCCCGAGCAAUACUUUGCGGCCGUCCGAUCCGUCAACUUUCCCGCUGAUUUCUCCGCUGAGAAUCCACACGUCUUCAUGCACCCGGUCUACUUACAACUUCGGGAACAUCACUCUAUAUCACCUGCUCGACGUGCCCCUUGCGGCGGAAAACCUAACGAUAACGAUGACGGCAUCAAUCAUGCUUGGUUGCCGUCCUCUCAUGAGCUCCGUGAAGCGAACGGCAUCGUGCGUCUGCGCGAUCUUCAGCGUCUCAGUGAACCAGCAGCCGUAUAUGAGACCUACGUCGAGGGUCGGAAGAACUCGCACGACCCGGAGACCUGCAAUGUCUGCGUCGCGAAACAGAAGGCGGCCGACGCGAUACUGACUGCGAAGGUGGAGAGACACCAGAAGAAAGCGUCGGGUGGCGCUUCACCUUCUCACGGCGAACGAGAACUCGAGAACACGCGAUCAUCGAUCAGCGCUGUCUUAGGCCAAGACGUUGACAACUUGCUCGGUGACGUGUUGAGGGAAGAUUCCCCGUCUUCAUCGGAGGACGAUGAUUACGAAGGAGAGUAUACGAUUGGGAGGGAAGUUACGUGCGUGGGCGUCCAGGAUAUCAUCAUCACCGGCGAGACUCGACCCCACCAUGGCGAUGCCUGGUAUCAUUUCCAGUGCUAUGGUCGCAUUCGUCAAUGGGACGGUCUCGUUGCUCUCGUCCGUGUACCUCAACGACCGCCCGGCCACUUCGGCGUGUACAUCUUUCGCGGCUACAUCGUCGGAGGGCGGAACUUCGUUGGAUCUUGGCGAGUGCGGACCGCAAAUACCCUUGCAAUACCGCUGGAGGGGCCUUUCAUCAUGAGCCGGGUGGAAUGAAUGUGGUGGUCUGGCAGUGAGGAAUCCUUUUCUUGAAUUGAGGUCGACGGAGCAAGAAACUUCAUCUAUGCCAAUUGCGGACAGGGUAGAACCCAAGGAGUCCCGUAGGUUGUGCUCGAUUAGUCCAUGUCAUGAACCGA